UUUAUGACAGAUCAACUUGAAGUUUACCUGACAUAUUUCGUCAUUAAGCUUAUCAUCUUUCUUGGUCUUCUGGCUGUUGUGCUUGGAGAUAAAACCAACAGACUGCCCCAGCUGUUCUACCUCAUCGACAGUGACAACGAUGGGGUUAUUAACAUCAAUGAAAUGAAGAUUGGUUAUGACAGUGAAGAUGUGAAUGGCUAUGGAGUGCUGACCUUUGACGAAUUCGCUGCUGGUUCGCAUCCCGGGUCACCCCCUCUUGAUCUGCAGAGCGCUUUCGACUUCUUCGAUGAACUGGACCAGAAGAAAGACGGCAAAGUCGAUAAGUCUGCUGUCGUCAUCCUCUUCAAUGGCCUCGACGAAGACUACGACGGUGUACUCUCUCUUGCGGAGUUCUCUCGCAAUUACUCUCUGAUGUUCGGCGGAAACAGUCACGAUGAGUCGAUCUAGUCUGAGUAUUAGCUAAAAAUGACUACUGGAAAAAAGGACAAAUAAAUUUCUAGUCUGAGUAUUAACAGGCUGCUAAAAAUGACUACUGGAAAAAGGGACAAAUAAAUU